AUGCCCAACUACACAAAAUUCCUCAAAGACAUUUUGAGUGGUAGGAGGACUUGUGAUGUGGUGGAGACGGUCAACUUGACCGAGAAUUGUAGUGAAAUUAUACUAAAGAAGAUGCCACCCAAGUUGAAAGAUCCCGAAAACUUCUCUAUCUCUUGUGACAUUAACAAGAUGCAAAUUGAUAAUGUCUUAAGUGACUUAGGAGCUAGUGUUAGCCUAAUGCCAUAUUCUAUUUAUCAAAGACUUGAGUUAGGGGAACUUAUGCCUUCCAAAAUUACCUUGCAAUUGGUCGAUAGGUCAAUUAAGAUUCCUAAGAGGAAGGUAGAGGAUGUUCCUUUGAGAGUAGGGAAACCAUUUCUUGCUAUUUCGAGUGCCAUGAUUGAUGUAAAGAGUGCAAAAAUUUCACUCAAGGUAGGAGAAGAGGUCAUUGAAUUCGACUUGAAUGAAAGCAUGAAGUAUCCAUUGUCUUCCAUGCAUGAGAACUUGCUCACUUCUAAUGAUCCUCUUGAGAAUGUCUUGUUGAAUAAGGAUAAGAUAGGUUCUCCUAUCAAGGAAAUGGCAAUGUAUGAGGAUUUGCUAAAUGGAAGCAUCUAG